AUGGCAGACCAGCCUUCGAUUAUUGAGGCCACACUGGCCUGUCACCAGAUAUUUCGACACUCGGCUGCUGUUCCUGCUCUCCAAGAAUGGGCAGAAAAUUGUUUAGCCGACUUGAAGCUGUGGGCAAAUGGAGCCGGGGCCUUGAAAGUCGGAAAGGCAUCCCUUGAUACUAGGCUGACCUCAAAUCCGGACGCAAAGAUUUUCGUGAAUGACUUCUUACUAGGAGCAGACAGGCACGGCGAUGGGUUAGAUCAAGCCAUACAGGAUGUAAAAUCCAUCAUAGGCCAAUCAGAUCAAAUCAUGACUUCCAGUCGCAAGGCUGGCAUCCAUGCACAAAUUCAAAAGGCAGAUGCUUCUUAUAACCCUGGCCAUCCGCAGGUCAAGGCUUUGAAAAACCAUCUGCAGCUUCUAUUACUGUCAAGACCCAGAUAUAAUAGCACUCUACAAGCAGAGACCUCCUCGGAUAGUGUGCUAUUGGUCUCGUCCAUAGAUGGCACCAUAGUGUCUGAGCCGCGGUCUUUAACUGUUAUCCAGCGACGACUCAUCAAGACAAACCUGAAGCGCAGAAGCCGAUUCUUGUAUACUCAGCGUCACACAAUCAAGCUGUCCGACAUGGAACCGGCCCCAGCAAAGUCGACAUCCACUUCUCGAAAAACGCCGCAGCCACUCAUUCUCAAUCCCGUCGCAAGGUCAACGGACGAGUCUAAACUGCCCACAGUGUAUAGCACAACGACCGCAACCGAAGUACAAGAUCCAAUCCCGUUUCCGACCCGAGAUAGUGCCCAACCAGCGACUACAAUCGUAUCUGCAAUCAGCUCUCGUGUGACGUAUCCCAAGCCUCCCCAACUGAGACCCGAUCAAAAUGUCUUCCAAUGUCCGUGCUGUUGCCAGACAUUGCCAGCUUCCAUGAGCAGAGGGAGUCAGUGGAAGAAACAUCUCUCCAAAGAUAUUCUUCCCUACACAUGUAUUCUAGAUGAUUGCCCUCGCCCCGAAAUAAAUUACCAUACAAAGGAUCUCUGGCUGUCGCACAUGUUCACCGACCAUGGCGGCUUUCCCCAUUGGGUUUGCCUCGCCUGCAAUGACUCGAGCGAGCGACCAACGUUUUACGAAGAAUCGGCAUUCACUGAGCACUUAGAACAGAUGCACUCAACGGGUAUCAAACCUCACCAAGUACAGAUGUUGGUCUCAGCCUGGCGCCGGAAAACACCUGUCACAGUCGGAUCAUGUCCGCUCUGUGAGCUGACAGACCUGGAUUCCGAUGUUUUGAACCAUGUUGCCGAGCACCUGCAUUCAUUCUCGCUCAAAUCCUUACCAUGGGCGCCAGGAGAUUCUGAAUCGGAAGAUACUCGAAGAUCGGAAGAUACUGGAAGUGUGGGAUCAGGAUCUAUUGAGUUGUCUGACCCAGGGAACCUGGACUAUCUGUCUAUCAAGGAAUACGACGAGGAGCCAACGGAAAACAACCAAUUGACAGAAGAAAAAAUUCACUGUCUCUCUGAGAAUCUGAGUAGUAGCCAGGAUAUGAUGGGUGUGUUUCUAGCUAGCAUCGAGAACGAAGAUGCUGUAACGGCACCCUUUCGAACGCCACCAUCGCCAGCAGGCCCUGAUAGCGAUCUACCUGUGGACGAGGAAGAAGAAGGCCGAUUCUCUCUCACUCAUCAUCUUCCAUCAUUAUCACUCACAUUACCUACAGAUUCUGAUGAUGAUGAUUCUUGGGCCGUUCGACCGCCACUGCCAGCUCCAUCUGACAGCGAACCCUCAACAGAUGGAGAGGAUGAACACCAAGAUUCUGCAUCGCUUAAUCCUCCGUCGUCAUCACCAGCUGGAUCCGGUUCAUACUCUAAUAAUGAGUCUGCACCCCCGGGCUUCCAGCCAUCAUCAGCGACCGAGGAAAGGCUCCUGUCAAACGAUCUGUCACGAUAUAUUGAUCUCAAUGCAACUCCGCUCGCCAGAGCUCAGAAGGCUGAAACUGCCGUAAAAGCCGGAGCAGUAGCUGGUGGAUUCAUUUCAUUUUCUGGGAUGCUUCUUAGCCAGUUCAGUCUCCCACAGGAUAUUACUUCCGCCGGCGAAUUACCGAGGACCCCUAUUGUCCUCUACAAGGGAGAUUAUUUCCACGAUUCAUUGGACACCCUCUUUCGGCUGUGUUUCGAUUGGGUCUCCGAUUUUUUGGAACCCUUCAGUGAUGUGCUAUGUCGCUCACUUAGUAACCUGCAUCCCGCAAAUAUUCGUGAUCGAUUCCGCGAUGCCAUACUGAAUGGAUACGGCGUUGAUGCGCUUCUUGCCGAACCUCUUCACCGGCGAAAUAUCUUCAUGUCCGUUAUUAUGACUAUGGUAUGGAAAAUCAUAUUUACGCGAUAUCUAUUUGGCUUGGAACGGCCAAUACGCUCAGGAAUCAAGCGGCUAGAGAAGGAUUUAGGGCAGAGUCUGCCACAGGAAGCAGUCCAUCGCUGGCGAGCCACGACAUUGUCUGUGUUAGCCCGGGAUAUCGAGUUGAAGCAGCAGCAAGAACGUGAUAUACAAGCUAUUUCGAUUACUAUUAUCGAUACACUGAUGUCUAUACUAUCGGAAAGGAGUCUUUAUAAGCCUCGACUGCGCGAGGAGCUCGACGCGAUAUUACGCCAUGCUGUGCAACUCUCUGUUGAAAUGCGCAUGCAAUUGGCAGAAUAUAUUAUGCUGCCUCCUUUUCAGCCAGAGUAUGACAGCCAAGGCAACUUGACAAGUCAGAUCUUCUUCAACGCCUCGUUGAUGCAUGACGAGAGUGGCGUGUAUGCAUCAGAUGAACAGGCACAAAAUGAACAGGCUGUUGUUCGCUCAGUUCUUUUCCCUUUGGUAGUGAGAAAGGGCGAUGACGAUGGCAAAGGAGACGAAGAGGUGGUUGUUUAUCGAGCUCAGGUCGUGGUAUCGGAUACGUCACACAGUGAUAGACAUCAUCCUUCUCCCGCGCAUGACACAAGAGAUUCUGAUGCUGUAAACGAAGAGGCGGAUUAUGAUUCGGACCGGACUUCGGCAGGUAGUGCUCCAAGUCAAGUGUCGAUCGAUGUUAGGGGUGUGCCACUGUAGUUGCUGCAUUAGCUAAUAAUGAAACCGACAUAUGCGCGC